AGCCCCCCGGACCCUCACGCAGGAAGGAGCGCGAUGGCCAAGCCUCUCUUCUCUCUCAUUUAACAUCACUCUAAACCAUCCCCGCGACGCCCCUCCACGAUGGCCGACACGCUGGAAUCCAUCGACAACCUCAAGCAGGAGCUGGAGAGAUUGAACUUGGAACUAGACCAGACGAGCAGCGAGAAAAACCAGGCGGCUCAGUACGGGCUGGUGCUGCUGGAGGAGAAGGAGAGCUUGCAGACGAGGCUCGAGGACUUGGAGGCGCUCUACGAGAACACCAAGCACGAGCUCGACAACACGAGGGAGGCCUUAGCCAAGUUCCAGACGACACACCGAGUGGCCACUGCUAGCGGAAUUGAAACUGAAGAGAGCCUGCUGUCAGAAUCGGCUGCCAGGGAGACCUCUCUCAACUCGCAGAUCAUCGAGCUUGAACUUGAAGCCAAACAGUGCCGAGCUGAGCUAGAACGUGUGCAGAGCGAGAAGAGCCGCUACUACACUGAACUUCAUGAGCUCCUCAAGGAUAAAGACAUAAGUGACCAUGAGAAGAAACAGCUCAGAACGGAACUCAAAGACCUUAAGUUCCGAGAGACAAGGCUCUUCCAGGACUAUGCAGAACUCGAAGAUGAGAACAUUACACUACAGAAGCAGAUCUCUAACCUUAAGUCAUCACAAGUUGAAUUCGAAGGUGCCAAACAUGAGAUCCGACGCCUUCAGGAGGAGACAGAUGUGCUCAACUCGCAGGUGGAGGAGCUUGCCAACCUCAAGAAGAUUGCAGAGAGGCAGAUGGAGGAAGCCCUUGAGUCGUUGCAAGCUGAGAGGGAGGCAAAGUAUGCUCUCAAGAAGGAACUGGAUGCCAGGAUGAACUCUGAAUCCAUGUACAAUCUCUCCAACCUGGCAAUGAGCAUGAAACUCUCAGGAAGUACAGAUUUUGGCGAGAGCGAUGGUGAAGAUGACACCCCUGUUCUGAGGAGGUUAGAAUCCGAGCUGAUGAGUGCUGGUGGAGGAUCAGCUGAGACUCUAGGGGGAGAUCUGUUCUCCGAAAUCCACUUGAAUGAACUGCGGAAGCUGGAGAAGAAGCUUGAGGAGGCUGAACAUGAAAAGAGUCAGCUUACUACCAACCUCAAAGAGAGUCAGGAAGGCCUGGAGAAGACCCGUCAGGAGCUAGAUGCACAGCAUGCCAGAGUGUCACAUCUUCUGGGGCACAUCUCUGCACUGGUUAAGCUGCAUGACCAGGAGAAUCCUAGCCAGAUGAAUGCUGAUGAUUCGGCUAUGCUGGUGAGCUUUCUGGAGAAGCAGAAAUCAAGGUAUCAGGUUGCAGCCAAAGAGAUCAAUGAGCUCAAAAAGAGCAUGGCAGAAAUCCAGAGUUCUGAAAGUGCAGGAGCAAGUGAUGCUGUUCAGCAACUUCGUAAUGAAGUUGGAACACUACGUGCAAGGCUGGUGGAUGCUGAACAGAAGUCCAUGGAUCUGGGCAAUGAUGUGAACAUUCUGAGCCAGAUGCUGAACAGCCGAGAGGGUUCACUCUCAAUCACACAAAAUGAUCUAGGGAGUAUCAGUGAAAUGCUUGCCCAGCUGUAUCACCAUGUGUGCACAGUCAAUGGGGAAACCCCAUCGAGGGUACUCCUUGAUCAUAGUAAACAGGGACAUCACACAGAAAAGAGUUCUGAUGGAGAGGACCAAAAAGUAUCUUCACCAACACAGAUCACAACAAUGCUGGAGAAUCUGAAGAACAAGUUGCGAACAGAUGUUCCUCUGACAGAUUUUGAUGAUUCUAGUGAUCCAAAGGAUGUCCGCAAUACGAUAGAUACCAUUCAAGACCAGAUCAGACACCUGAAAAAGGCUGUGGAACAUACUAUAGAAAUAAGCAAGGAGAAGGGACACUUCAGGGAAAGUGCUUCAUCUGAUAGUGGUCUCAGUGAAAGUGAAGUGCAGGAACUUCAAGAGCAGGUGAUCAAACUGAAGUCUUUGCUCUCCACCAAGAGGGAACAGAUUGCCACGCUUCGCACUGUGCUGAAGGCCAACAAACAGACUGCAGAGGUGGCCCUGUCCAAUCUGAAGUCCAAGUAUGAAACAGAAAAGAGCAUAGUCUCAGAAACAAUGAUGAAACUUCGCAAUGAACUGCGUCUCUUGAAGGAGGAUGCUGCUACAUUCUCCAGUCUCCGUGCUAUGUUUGCUGCACGUUGUGAGGAAUAUGUAACACAGUUAGAUGAAGUACAACGGCAGCUAGUGGCAGCUGAAGAAGAGAAAAAGACACUUAAUUCCUUGCUACGAAUGGCUAUCCAGCAGAAGCUAGCUCUUACUCAGAGACUGGAAGAUAUGGAAUGUGACAGAGAAAGGUUCAACAUGCGAAAGCAUCCUGGGAGCAGGGGUAGAGCUUACAGUUCCAGAUUUAACAACCAGCCACAUGCUUCUCCAUCACAACACCAUUACCAACGCAGAGAUAAUUAUUAAAGUGUAAAUGACUGUAUUUAAAUGUAUUUAUGUGAAGCAAAGCAAGAGAUCAGAUGUUGGUUGGAAGGUAUUACAGUGUUUUGGUUGAAAUAGGAUGAUUCAUCAUAAAGCCAGAACAUCUGUAUCUUAUUUUUUAAACUUGUGUUCUCUUCCUGUAUUCAGCUUCAAACUUGUUUAUGCUGUGUCAUGAAGACCUCAGAAACUGGAGUUAUCUUACAAAGACUUUUUACACUUGUAAAAAUGCAAGUUCUUGAGGAUGGAUUGAUACUUUGAGGAACUUUUCCUGGUGUAAAUGAUAACAAAAAUCAUAUACAGGUUGGCAAGUGUCUGCCAGUGAGGGGAAGGCUGGGUGUGGCUGUCAUCUCUUCUGCUUUAUAACCUGGAUUUAGUGCAUGAGAAAGGAAUUGAUGUAUGGAGAAGCAGCUAUUGGGAAAUGUUGGAUUGUAACUUGUUAAAAGUGUGCCCCUUUUUUAGUCUUACGCUGUUUCUUGUUUGUGAAGCAGAAAGUAGUUGACGAAAAAAAAAUGUUUUAAAUGAAAUUGCUUUAAUUUUAGAUUAUAUAUAUAUAUUUGACUUAUUUUAAUUCUUUUUUACUAUUGACUCUUAAUGUACAGGAUUUUUGUAAUUAAGUGAAUAUUUCUUUUAUGAAUUUCAAAGUACAUAGUAAUAUUCAUGUGCAGGUCAUAUCGUCCAAAUCAGAACAGAGGCAUGUCCACAAUGAGAACUGUGUUCUUUACCCAUAGUAUCUCAGAAGCUUUAAAACUUAAGAAUAAGUUGUAUGAUUCUUCCCAAUCUAGAUACCUUGUAAUACUACAACGUCCAAAAAAAUUAAAAUUGCAUUACAAAUACCUGAUAGAUCAUAAGAUUUAGAAUUUUAAUUCCUAUUUACUUACAAAAUCAAGUAUUUUUCAAAGAAAUAUUGUAUAAAGCUUAUGCAUACUAUCAGUAAAGUUUGUUAAUAAUGCCAUUUGAUAAUUGAAAUUGUACGUCAGUGAAUAUUACUUAGUUGGCGUAUGCUCCCAAGUACGGGCCAUAGGUUGUAUUAAGAGAUCCUGCCUCGUUGCAUACUCAUUAUUUGGAGACAGUUCUGUUCAGAGCCUGGACAAGAGUAGCAAACAGUCUACAAAUGUUACACAUUUUUCUUUCAUAUUUACCUGUAAUUGAUUUUAGAGUUGCAUAGAAGAGCCAUUAAUUUUGUAUGGAUGAAAUGUAGUGUCAUUUUUUUUUUCUCUCUCUCCACUUUUUUAUUAUUGUUGAGUGGGUGAUCUGUUUGCUGGGUGGAAAGGUUGCUAUAUAGAUAUUGAAGUCUCUCUGAAAUCUACAAUUGAAUAGGUCAUUUUUAUUUGUGGAAGUUAAAAUGUACUACUAAAGAGCUUAAUUCUUUUUUGCAGUUGACCACAAAUGCAUAUUUGUACAUGAGCUAGGAAGUUAAGGGCAGCUCACAUGUGACACUAUGAUCUUGAUGAACCAGAAUCAGUAGUUGGUCAUCUUUUUAAAAUGUAGACAUGAUCUGUUUUGCAAUUGUACUAAAAGACAAUGCUGAUUCUACUUAAAGUAAUAUUUUUACAGUUCUUAACUUCCAUGAAUCUCUUUAUAUAGUUAUAUUUGUAUUAACCAGAAUUUGUAUGACAGAUGCAAAGUUGGAUUUUAUGAUAGUGUCUGGCAGGAUAAAAUGUCAGAACCGCUCAAGAAAUGUACUUAUGUUUUUUUUAACAAAGAUUUUUGGUCAAGGUACUUUACUGAUAGGUAGCUCAGCCUGUUCAAUGUUAUGACUUCCAUUUUUUCUGUUUUCUUGUAGCAUUGAUUGUAAACAAAUUGGACAUAAGAAUAAAUCAGUCUGCCUCAUUUUCUUGGACACAGAAGUAAGUAUUAUUUUGCAGAAUAGGGUUGUUGGUAGUUCAUGUAAUCAUUGCAUUUGCCUUGUGCAAGUGCUUAUAUAGUCAGGAUAUUGACAUAGGAAUGCUAUAAAAGAAGCGUUUUAAUUUUUUUUAUUGAUUUACCAUUUCAUAAGUGUUCAUGGUGGCAAAAAGGUGCCCACUAAUAUUCUUUCUGAAAUGAAGAAGCAUUUCUAUUAAUUUCAAGCAAAAUAAUAAAGUUGUUGAAAUUGAAAUAAAUUUUUAAAAUCAUAUGGUGCAUUUAGUUAGGGGAGUGAGUUUUGUAUGAGAAAGAAGAGAUAAAAUUGAUAUUAGGUAAUAUGAUCAUAUAUUUCAAACAUUGAGGGUGCUACUCAAUAAUUCUUUCACAGGUAGUUAUCCAGAUUGUUAAUGGUCUUAAUGUGAUUAUAAUUUUUUUUUAGCUUAUUUUCACAUGAUAGUUUUUUUUUUUCUUUUAUUAUGCAAAAAUCGGAGAGCUAGGCUGCUAUAUUUAUUGAUUUUUUAUAUACAUGGUAUACUGUGCUUGAGAAGGGUUCAUAUCUCAGUCGUGUUACCUGUUCACAUUUGUGUUCUUGCAAUAAUCAUUAAAGUUUUUUUUUUUAUUUGUUUAUGCUUGUGGUAAUAUUAUUCUCUAAACCUCAUGGUAGUUAGCUAGCAUUCUUAAUAGGAUAUUGAGAUUUUUGUUGUGUGUCUCUUGUUACAAUAUUUUUUGGUAGGUUUGUGAAGAUCAUAUAUGAUAUAUGAUACAUAAUAGCCAAUAUUUGGCUGAUGAAGUUAUUGUAAUAAUCAUUAAUAUUUUUAUUGUGAUUAUCAUUAGUAUUUUUUAACGUGUCAAAGGCACCGUUUCAAAGCAGCUUGACCAAGGGACAGGAACAGCAACUCAGUUAUUGAUCACAAUUGCUGAGACCAUAUUACUUUGUAGCAUACACAUAAAAAAGAAACCAGGUGAGCACUGUAGGGUUGCUUGAUAAAGUUUUCAGUGUUGAGAGAACCUUUGCCCUUCAGAGUUUAACCAAUUCACUUCAACUUAAACAAGAGAAUAUGCUUCUAUCUUGGCUGAUUCUGUAGCUAUUAGGUAUUUAUACAAAUAAAAGAUCAAUUUAAAAGUGUUCUCAUAGCAAUGGAAUUGAAUAUGAAAGAUAAUUGUACAUGAUUGUAGUAGCAGAGAAUUUAGCUGUUUUUGGGUUUACUAUACUUGGUUGUAAGUUUUUAUUUUAUUUUUUUCUGUAUUGGGAAAUGUUGCUGUGCAGCUCUGAAGUAAAAAUAACAUACUUUUUAAAUUAUU